AUGGAGAUUGACCAGGUCAAACCAGAGCGCCAUGACAUCGCUCCCGAUGGUGAUCUCAUUCUGCUUUACAAGAAGCAUGCAAACCGACCUGUCGAGUUGCGAGUCUCAACAACCAUCUUGAAAUCCCAAUCGAUCUACUUCGAAGCCUUGAGUGGGAGGUGGCUUGAGACCCUUCCUGUCCGGCCGGACGGACUGCGUGAGAUGGCCUUCGAGAGAUUCGAUCCGGAUGCCAUGCUGAUCAUCAUGAAGGCUGCGCACUUGAAGUUCCAAGGGAUCCCGGAUGAGCUGAAUGUGAAGCUGCUUCACAAAAUUGCCAAGUAUGUGCACAUGUUCGACAUGUUCCCAGCCGUUUGUACUCUGGCUCGCCCCUGGAUCCAGUACGUAAGGAUGUUCGUUGACCAAUGUAACAGUACAGAGCUUGCGGGUUACCUUCUGGGAAUCAUGUGGGUGUUCAACCUCAAAGAGCAAUUCAAGAAGGCAACUCGGUCUAUAGUCGUCGAUUGCAAUGCGGUGGAUAUUGAUUUGUCUCGAACACUCAUUGACCAGAGCAUGUUCGACGAUCUCCUGGCAAUCCGCCACAAACUGAUGCGGGAUAUGAGUUCUUUGAUAGAGUCAACGCUCAUAGCGCCGCUCAAACAGGCCGAGAAGAAUGGUAAAGUCAUCUGUCAUGAGGAAUGCGAUCAUCACAUACGCAUUCAUAUGCAGGUUUUGAUGGAGGCCCCUCCAAAUAAAGAGACCAAGCCGUCGAGGAUUGUGGAAGGAUUGCGGUUGCUGUUAGACGAUCGCAAAUUCUACCAUAAUUCGAGUCGUGACCCUCUUGAGGGCUUCAGGAAGCCCCACUGUAUCGGCCGUUUGAACGACGUCAUCUCACAACUCGACAGGAUGCUCGAGACGGUGGAGGGCUUUGACCUGGCAGAUUGGAGACCAGAAGCCAGCCAGGACGUGGUCUGGGGUGAUGAUGUCGAGCCCGAAUUGCGCUUGGACUGGCCCUACGACCAGAAAUUCAACUUUGACUCGGACUAUGAGCUUAGUCCCAGGUCGAGCGCAUCUCCUCCGCCUGGCAAGGGAAGGAAGGAGUGA